AGUACAUAAAAAUUUAGGUCACCCAAGGCCGCCUCAAAUUCCCCCGGACCGUCUUUCUAAAAACCGAGAGGUCCUUGGGUCCAUGUUGGCCUAUUGCCAGAAAACAAAAUGGCGGAAGUUGCGGAGAAAACAAAGAAUGAGGUUGGAAGUGUCGGGAUAAAAGCGGAAUCCAAAGCAGAACCUCGUCGUAAACUUUGCGCUUACUCACAACGAGUUUGCAACUUGGAAAUACUGAAAGGUUUUGACUUCUGCCACAAGCAUAUUUUGGAAGAUAAAGCUAGCCCUUUUAAACCUUGUGAUUUCGUAGCCAAAUCAAAUGGGAGGAGAUGUCCUAAUCCGGCACAAAAGUUGCCGCACGGAAAAAGCUUUUGCAUUAUUCACACACGCAAGGCAGAGCUACGCCGAGCUGUGGAAGAAAGGAGAAAGAGAAGACACGUGGAUGAUAAUGAAGGAAGUUAUGAGGAUGAUAAAGGGAAACGAAGGAGAACUUCAAGCUCAAAUUCACAAAAGAGUGAUAAACAAGAUGGUCAUUCUUCAGAUGAAGAUGGUGCUAAUAGUGGUGAUGAUUACCUUAAAGUGGACAGUGCAUGGCAUGGUGAUAUAGAUAGUGAUGCAGAAUCUGUUGAUAGCGAAGAGGAAGACCCAUUGAAGCAUGCUGGUGUUUGGUCAGUGGAGGAGGCUACCAGGAUGUGUCGUGAUAAGAUGAUCAGACUGCGCUCAUUGUACAUCACACAGUUCAAAAGGUUACAACAUGUGCUGAAGGAGAGAAGGAGGAAAUAUUGCCAAGCUAUUCAAGCAGAGGAGGUUGAAGGAACAGGAGAGUGCCAUCUGACACCCACACAACUGCUUGGACGGAAAUGUCGUCAUGAUUGUCCUGGUACUGAAGCCCUCUUGCAUCGGCAAGCCAAGGAGAAAAAGCAAGGCGCAAGCACUCGCCCACAGGGGGUGUCCAAUCUACGCUGCACAUACUCUCCAGGUGGAAAUAGAUGCACUGAAAAAGUUUUGCCACUUACAAAACACUGCAUGAAACACAUCACUCAUGACCCUAACCAGCUCCUUUUCCAAAGGUGCACAUUUCCAUCUAAAGGUGAAACACAUUGUGACAGGAAUGUUGCCAAGAUCUUCACCCAUUCAACAUGCCAACUGCACAUGGAGCUACCUGCAGAUAUGAAGAGAGCAAGUGUGGAAAAGGACCUACGGAAUGCCAAAGAAAGAGCUAAUUUAAGAAAUGCCAGAAUAUUUGGUCACAAACAAAGUGCCACAGAAGUACCAGAGGCUUUGCAGCAGAAAUCCAUAGUUCUUUUGCCACCUUCUACCCCUGGCCAAUCAUUUGAAGCGCAACCCACCACCACUGAAGUGCAGCAGAAUGCUGCGACAGCUCCCCUUUCCACUAAGAGUACUACUUCAUCAACCAGUACAGAGAAAAUGGAAGUAGAUUCAAGUGACACAAAGGCUAACGUUGAUGAUAAGGAGUCGUCAUCAGUCUCAAUCUCUGUAGAUAUGGAAACAUCCUCAGAUAGCUUGGCAGGGGCUGCAGUUCAACCCGACCCUCGCCUUGCAUUGGAGAGUAUAUCUCCUGGUCUUGCAGCUGCUAGCCUUGUGGCAGUUUGUAGCAGCCCACAACUACCUCUGCAAAGAACACCAGUGGCAAGUUUCAGUGGUGUACAACAGGCUGCAGUGACAGAUUCUAAGGUAGUGCUAAGCAGUAAUGUUAAAGGCAAAAGUGUAACUGCGGCCUCUGCUGAUGAAACCAAGGUUGAUGCUGAUCCAAAAGCAGUAGAAUUAAAAGAGAGAGAGGAAUCAGGUGAUAGUGAAGAAGCAGAAAAGCAAGGCAGUGGCACUGUUAAAUCAAAAGACACAUCUGAUCCGGAUAAACUGGCAUCUGUCCAGCCGGGGAAUUCAGAAACCCCUGAAAAGCAAUCUGACGUGUCAGAACUCAAAUUGAAUGUGGCUCAAACCAAAGAGGAAGCCAAAGUCACAACUUCUACAGUUUGUACUUCACCGGCUGCUUCACAAACGGCUCUCCAACGCACCACUCAGGCUGCUCCCUUACAAGAUGCUCCAAACACUUCCUCCAGCAGCACAUCACAGAAUACGACAAAAACCCAAUCUACGGAGCCCUCAAAGUCUAUGCCCUCCCAGGGUACCUCCAAGAGCGUCUCUGGGGGUCCUGCAUUUGAUGUCCUUCUCGAGCCCCCAAAAGGCACGUCUACCUGUACUUCCACCGCCGCUCCCACUGUUGCAAAACAAGCGCCAUCAGUAACAUCUGUAAGUUCAAUUCAUCCACCCCAAUCGAAUCCAAGUUCCUUGAAAACACUUAGUGUCAAGCCCUUGAUUACCAGUGAUCCACACCGCUCAGCUGCUGUGAAAUCUUUCCAGCACUUGCCGGCGGGAAUGACUGCUGCAAGCUCCAAGCAGUUCAGUGCAAUCACGUCUGUGACCACUAAGGAGACGAACAAAGAUGGUAAUAAAGUAGAAAUGGGCAAGUCCCAAUAACAGAGCGCUUUCUCUAAACCAUUACCAAUGUAGCUACAGUAGAACAUUAGUUUUAGAUGUUGUUUACAUUGUGGAUCAAAUCCAUUGAUCUGUGACAAAGUUUUGCGCGCUUUGUAAUUAGUGUUACGUUGUGUUCGUUAGAUUUGGGUUACAUGUAUAUGGAAAACUUACUGUGGUUGAAAAUUUGAAGUAAAAGGGCUUACACUGCGACAGAGAUCUCCUGACUUAGUGAAUAAAAUGGUGUUCAAGGCUCA